UGAGAUUUGACAUCAAAUAGUCCAAGUGACAGUUCCAUUAGUACUACAAGAGAAAUUAGCUCUCCGGAAGUUUCUUUAAAGUCCAAAACAAAUACUUCUCCCAAGAUUUAUCGGCCUGAAAAUUCUUUUCAUUCUGAAAGGUCACAUGUAGCUUUGGAGCACACUAAUAUGCAGGUAAAAGGAUCUGGUUCAGAUGCUUUUCGUGUUAGUGUUUCUAGUGCCCUCAGUACGUCCAGUCAUGGUUCUGCACCAGAUGAUUGUGAUGCUUUAGGAGAUGUAUACAUAUGGGGUGAGGUUAUAUGUGAUAAUCCAGUCAAGGUUGGGACUGAUAGAAAUGUUAAUUCUUUGAUUGCAAGAGCUGACGUGCUUCUUCCCCGGCCAUUAGAGUCCAAUGUGGUUUUGGAUGUACAUCACAUAGCCUGUGGGGUCAGGCAUGCUGCUCUUGUCACCAGGCAAGGUGAGGUUUUCACAUGGGGCGAAGAAUCUGGAGGACGGCUUGGCCAUGGUGUUGGAAAAGAUGUCACUCUGCCUCGUCUAGUUGAAUCUUUAACAGUUUGCAGUGUUGAUUUUGUUGCAUGUGGUGAGUUUCACACUUGUGCUGUUACUAUGGCUGGUGAACUUUACACAUGGGGUGAUGGCACACACAAUGCUGGGCUUCUUGGUCAUGGUACUGAUGUCAGCCAUUGGAUACCCAAGAGAAUGUCAGGUCCUCUUGAGGGACUUCAAGUUGCUUUGGUAACUUGUGGUCCAUGGCAUACUGCCUUAAUAACAUCGACAGGUCAACUCUUUACAUUUGGGGAUGGAACUUUCGGUGUUUUGGGCCAUGGGGACAGGGCAAGUGUUUCAUAUCCACGAGAGGUGGAAUCUCUGUUGGGGCUGAGGACAAUUGCUGUUGCAUGUGGGGUGUGGCAUACUGCUGCCGUGGUGGAGGUUAUUGUUACACAAUAUAGUGCAAGCGUUUCUUCCGGAAAAUUGUUUACUUGGGGUGAUGGAGAUAAAAAUCGUCUUGGACAUGGAGACAAGGAACCUCGUCUCAAGCCUACUUGUGUGUCGGCACUUAUUGAUUACAAUUUUGAUAAAAUUGCUUGUGGGCACAGUUUAACUGUGGGCUUGACCUCAUCUGGACACGUUUUUACGAUGGGGAGUACUGUCUAUGGUCAGCUUGGCAAUCCCCAGUCUGAUGGAAAGCUACCUUGCUUGGUAGAAGAUACGCUUGUUGGGGAAUCUGUUGAAGAGAUUGCCUGUGGUGCUUAUCAUGUUGCAGUAUUAACAUCCAGGAAUGAGGUCUAUACAUGGGGAAAGGGGGCUAAUGGAAGGUUGGGCCAUGGGGAUAUUGAGGAUCGGAAAUCACCAACUUUAGUUGAAGCUCUGAAGGACAGACACGUUAAAUGUAUUACUUGUGGUUCAAACCACACAGCAGCUAUAUGUCUUCACAAAUGGGUUUCUGGUGCUGAGCAAUCACAGUGCUCAGCUUGCAGACAGGCUUUUGGGUUUACCAGGAAGAGGCACAACUGCUAUAAUUGUGGACUUGUGCACUGCCAUUCAUGUAGUUCCAGAAAAGCAUUUAGAGCAGCACUUGCUCCUAAUCCCUGGAAACAAUAUCGUGUGUGUGACUCCUGUUUUACCAAACUGAACAAGGUGGCUGAAGCUGGUGUUAAUAACAGGACGAGUACUGCACCACGCCUUUCAGGCGAAAACAAGGACAGGUUAGACAAGGCUGAGAUAAGAUUGUUCAAGUCAGCAAUGCCUUCUAACAUUGAUUUAAUCAAACAGUUGGAUAAUAAAGCUGCCAAACAAGGAAAGAAAGCUGAUACAUUCUUUUUAGGUUGUUCCACUCAAGCACCUUCUUUGUUACAGCUGAAGGAUGUUCUUUUGUCUACCGCUGUUGAUCUGCAUCAAACAGUUCCCAAACCUGUUCUUACACCUACUGGUGUUAGUUACAGGUCUGUAUCACCUUUCUUCAGAAAGUCCAGCCCCCCGCGCUCUGCUACACCUGUUCCUACAACAUCUGGACUUUCUUUCUCAAAAAGUAUCGCUGAUAGUUUGAGGAAAACAAAUGAACUUUUGAAUCAAGAAGUUAGCAAGUUACGUGCACAGGUCCAGAGUCUGAGACACCAAUGUGAACUUCAAGAAUUAGAGCUUCAGAGAUCAACAAAGAAAGCUCAGGAGGCUGUGGCACUGGCUGCAGAAGAAUCUGCCAAGUCUAAAGCUGCAAAAGAAGUGAUAAAGUCGCUUACAGCACAGCUCAAAGAUAUUGCUGAGAGGCUGCCAACUGUGGUCUAUGACGCUGACUACAUCAGGGCAGCUCAUGUAACAAAUGGCAUUCACUACCACAAUGCAAACGGAGAGCACCAUUCUGUUUCUAAUGGGAUUGACUCGGCUACAGUUAAUGGAACAGAUGGCCCCACUGAAUUGCUUAGGUAUCCUCCUGGACACAAUGAAACUAGUCCAUACCAUCAAAACCAGGGGGUUCUGAGCUCCAUUGGAGGGGAUGGCCAUCAAGAUGUUAGACUUCCAAAUUGUAGCCGAGAAAUUCAAGCAGGCACAGGUAAUGUGUCACAGACUGUUGACAGCAUGGAAUCUGGGCCUUUCCAAGAUGGUGACAAUGGUGCAAAAUCUAGGAACCUGGCAUUGACUGGUAAUGAUAAUCAAGUUGAUGCUGAGUGGAUUGAACAGUAUGAGCCUGGUGUGUAUAUAACACUUUUGGCUCUCCGGAAUGGAACUAGAGAUCUCAAACGAGUGCGCUUCAGCCGGAGAAGGUUUGGGGAGCACCAAGCGGAGACUUGGUGGUCAGAGAACCGUGAAAAGGUUUAUGAGAGGUACAAUGUUCGUGGGUCAGACAAGUCGUCCGUUUCUGGCCAAGCUGCCCGCGGAUCAGAGGGAGACCUCUCUAAGUCUUCCCAAUCAUAGUAACAAUGAAUGAAGUUCUCCGUGAAAACUUUUUGUACCAUGUCACUUUGAUGGUUUUCUAGGCUAUAAGCAAAAAACCACAUAUAGAAGUAAACAUCUUUCUUUUCUCUCUCUUUUUAUUUUAUUUUUUAUUUUUAUUUUUUAUUUUUUUAUUUUUUACUUCCCCUUUCCCGUUUUCAUAAUUUGUUAUCUCAUUCAAUUUAAUUAUCUGGGUAUAUGCCCUUUACCUAUCCAUUUCAUUGUAGUGUACAUAGUAUCUUCAACUAUGAUAAUAUAUCUCAAGAAAAGUUUUUGAUCCUUGGUCUA